UUAGAUAAUGCUGAUGUCCUGAGUGAGUAUCAAAUGAACUAUUUCCGAAAGAACCACAUUUAUAUGGCAAGUCCAGAUUUUAUAUGGGAAUGUAUCAAAGAAAAGAGACUGUUGGAUCUGAAGGGCUGUGAUUCUGUUGAGUCACGAGACAUCGUGUCAUCUCCUGGUCACAAGACAAGCUUUUCUGGUAGGUACUCAUAGAUAGCCCUUGUAGUAUUGAACAUACUGUGGUAGAUGUGUGGGUUUGCUGAAGAUAUUAUUGACAGAAGUCCAGAAAUACUGCAGAGAGAAUCAGAUUUCUUACUACUUCAGAAAAUGGGCAGCACAAUAGUGAAGAAAGAUUAAUUUGACAAUAGAAAUAAAUGUCUCAAUAUCCAAUCUAGUGAGGUCCAGAUUCAAAAUGAAUACACAGAUAUUAAUAACCUUAGAAAACAAUAUAUAAUUUUAAAUGGGAGGGGGAAAAACUUUUUUGUGUGUGUUUUAUUUUUGAGACAAGUUUUCACUAUGUGUGCCACCAUGCCUGGCUCACUGAGAAUUUGUGACAAGCAUUUUACUGAAGAAAUUUCUUCCAAAAGUUCCUGAAAGAAACAUAUCUCAUUUACAAACAUAGAGUUUAUUUUAGAAUCUGGCCAAAACAAAAGCCUUUGGACUUAGAGGAAUAAAUGCUUCAUGAGUCACAUCCCAAAAUCAGUCAGUUGAGUCAGAUACAGGGCCAUGUGCCUAUAGUCCUAGCUACUCAGGAAGCUGAGGCAGGAGGAUCACUCAAGCUCAGAAGCGUGAGACAAGCUGGAGAACAUAGAAAACACGUGAAAAAUAAGCAAGAUUGAAGCAGUUCUUAUAUACAAAAAUUUAUAAUAAACACUUGUUAGUACAGUAAACAUUUUGGUAAGGUGAAACGUCUCUUGAUAAGCAGUUGUAGAGAAAUGGGGCUAUAGUCUUUGACUUUCUGUUGUCUCAGAAAAAGACAGCUAAGACAAACAGGCAUGGUGAGAGGUCUCUUUUAAAAUUGAAAACAGUGUCCACUAUCGAGAAUGGAUCUUAGUUACUCCAGAUGCACUGAUAAUUUUUGAAAUCUUAAUAGUAUAAUUAAAACAGGAGCCAGGGUAGUAGCAUAGUUGUAGAGCGCCUGCUAACAUGAGGGCCUGGGUUCAAAUCCCAGCACCACAAAAGAUAAUUUAAAAAAUGAAGAUUUGUUCCUAUAUAUCAUAAAUUCUAUAGAUAAUGUCAAGAUUAUAAGAAAAUUACAAAACAAAACCUUACACAGAGCCUUUGAAUUCCCCUCCUCUAAAUCAGAAUAACCUUUAAUCGCUUCAUUUGUUACAUGACUGUCGGUGUCACUCCCGGCCGGCAGGAAGGACACACAACAAAGUCUGGCAGUGGACAACCUUUUUUUUUAUUUUCCUUCUCCGUACAGCCUGCCCUGGGAUCGCUCCCAGCCGAAGCCUCCUUUGGUCCGCUCCCCGCGGCUCCUUCUGGGCUUCUACUUCCGGGCUUCUUUUUCCCCCCCAGGGGUGGCACCAGUAUAUAUACGGAUACAGUGUCCAAUCAUGUUAAAGUAAGCAAGGCAAGCUGAUUGGCUAACAUCAUCAGUUGCCAGGCAGACUAUAUUGUUGAGCGGGUUGUUUACGCGGUAAGCAGGAAACUAACGUGCUCGAUGGGAGGGGUAAUCUACCUCAGGCUUUACUCUUUACUACAGGCCUCACGUCCGCCAAGUGAGGCGACCGGGCUCGGGGCUGCGGCUCCCAACACAUGACAUUUGGAACGUAUUCUGAUCCUGGGGUAUGUUAGAAAUAGGUUUUAUAACAACUUACCAUGAUCUUUAGGAGAGAAGUGUGCCAUUUGAAAAUCCUGUAGGUUGGAUGAUGUAGUCCACAUCUGUUAUCCCAGCACUCUGGAGGCUGAGGCAGGAAGAUUUCAAACUUGAGGAUAGCUGGGGCUAUAUAGACAGACCCCGUCUCAGUGAGUUUCAAAUAAUACAGAUUAGAUUAGAAUUCUUCCUUUUUGCCUAUAGUAUUCUCAGUAUUUUACACACCCUCCCUUUUUCUCACUUGUUUUAUCCACAGAUUAUCAGUAACAGCACAUCAUUUAACACAAACAAAAAAAUAGAAUUGCACGGCAAACAUGGUCUAUAUUUAGAAAUCUUAACAAUUCCAGCAGUUAGGUUAAUUAUAAUGAAGUUUUAAACCAUAACUAGAUACUUUGUUUGCUUUCAUUCUAGAAGUGAAAACAGACAGUCUUUCCCUGGACAGUGCUGCAGAGGAAGAAACCGUGGAAAUAACUGAGUAACCCAAAUGUUUCAAUGUUAAAAUACUAUUUGCAGCCCUUUGCAGUUUUUUGUUUUCUUUAUCUGUUAAUUUUUUGUGUAAGGCUUUACUGUUAUAAUGAUAAUUACUUUUACUUUCUUAUUGUAUGUGAUGGGAUAUAAUUGUUAAGUUUUACUGUUUUUUAAAGAUCUCAACUGGCAAUAAGAUUAGAGCAGUAAGCAAGUACUGUUCACUUGAUUACCUUCUUGAAAAGCCUUUGAAAUAAAGACAGUUGUAACUUUUUAUCUGCUAGUUUUAAAAAUGAAAGUAACCACUUUUCUCAAGUAGGUUAUGUGAGUAAAAUUCUGUGUGGUUUCUUAAAAAUGCAGUGUUAAUUAGGCAUUGCAUUUGGUUGUAUUUUAUAUACAUUUAUAUGCUAAUAGUAGUGUUAAGAGAGAACAAAAUCCAAAAUAAAAAGUGUGGCUAAGUUAGAGUCCUAUAAUUUAAAGAGAAGUUGAAGUUAGGCAUGGUGGCAUGCACCUGUAAUGCCAACAGCUCUGAGAGGCAGAGGCAAGAGAGUGUCAGGUUUAGCCUAGACUGGUCAGCUUACUGAGAGACACUGGCUCAAAAUAAAAAAUAGAUAAAUAAAAAACAUUAGGCAUACAGCUCAGUGGUACAGUACCUUGCCUUGCAUGUGUGAGGCCCUGAGUUCAAUCCUCAGUUUGGAAAAAAAAAACAAAGAGGAGUGUCAGAUGCCAGGCAGCCCCAGUGUGGUUCUCUCUGUGCUUCCUUGGUGCACACCUGCCUUCUAGUGUAGAUGUCACAGUUCUGGGCAGCAGAGCUUGAGAAUUAUGCAGGAGAUGGAGGAAGUAAUUGCUGAGAUUUGAUCAUUACAUAUUAUAUGCAUGUAUCAAAUUGUCACACUGUACUCCUUACAUAUGUACAAUUAAAAAAAUAGUGAUUCUUUUAAGCAAAGACCUCCAUAAGUCUCUGAGUUGCCUAGGUUGGCUUUGAACUUGUGGAUUCUGUUCCCAGGUGCUGAAAUUACAUGUGUGCUAUUCCAAGCUUAAAAUUUCUUUUUCAAAACUAUGCAGAGGAGAAAUGCAGCUCACGUCUCAUGAUCUUCUAACCAUUUCUAGACAACCUAAGGAGGCAGUAAUGGCUUACAAAUGUAUUUUACAGGGAAUCAGGGGAACCCAUUAUAAAAUUUUGUUUAUCCUAAAAAUUCAUUUUAAUGUAAAAUUUUAAUUAUAUAAAUUUCAGGUUUUAUGCAAAGAAUGUUAAAAUUCCUCAUUAUUUUCAAGAUUUUGAAGUUGCAAAAUACAACACCUUGGAAAGAGUGGGAGUGGACAGAGGCCAGGAAACUGUAGUGGUAGAGCUGCAGUGUGCCCAGCAGCCUGGGGACCAUCCUUUCCUGAUAUCUGCACACUUCCUGCUGGCUGAUAGCAUACAGACAGUUCACUCUAAAGAAAACCUCUGCAGAUGCAAGUGAAUAUUAUGAAAACUACAUCGAAGCAUUAAAGAAACAAGGAUUUAUGCUCAGAGAACAUUUUACAGCUGAAGCAACCCAGUUAGCAUCUGACAAAUUGAAAGCAUUGCUUUUGGAGGAGGUCAUAAACUCAAGCACUCUGAGCCAGGAGGUGAGCGAUUUGGUGGAAAUGAUUUGGGCAGAAACUCAAGGCCACCUGGAGCACAUACUCAUCACACCUGUGAGCAAGAUCAGCCUCAAUGAUGUAAGCAAGGCAGAGGGGAUUCUUCUCCUAGUAAAGACAGCAAUGAGAAAUGGAGAAACAGCAGAACAACUGGAAAAGAUGAUGAGUGAGUUCUAUAGAUUAAUACCUCAUAAGCAUGCAGCAAUCAAAGAUAUUAACCUGAGACUGUUAGCCAACAAAGAAGACCUAUGCCAGCUAAUACGAGACAUGCUUAAUGUCUGUGAAACUCAUUCAUCCAAACCCAACCCACCAUCUUUAGCCAAAUACCGGGCUUUAAGAUGCAAAAUUGAGCAUGUCGAACAGAAUACUGAAGAAUUUUUCAGGAUUAGAAAAGAGUUACUGCAGAAUAAUCACAGUGAAACUCCAGUAGACAUCUUGCAGAUAUUUAGCAUUGGCAGAGUGAGUGAAGCCACAGAAUUUUUAAGCAAACUUGGCAACACAAGGGCCUUGUUGCAUGGAUCUCUUGUACGAAACAUUGUAGGAAUCUUGUCCCGAGGAUUGCUUUUACCUAAAGUAGUUGAAGAUCGUGGAGUACAAAGAACAGACGUUGGAAAUCUGGGAAGUGGUAUUUAUUUCAGUGACUCACUGAGUACAAGCAUUAAGUACUCACAACCAGGGGAGACAGAUGGUUCCAGACUGCUGGUCAUCUGUGAUGUGGCCCUUGGAAGAUGUGUGGAUUUAUUCAAGAAGGACUUCUCCUUAACUGAAGCACCUCUGGGCUACGACAGUGUGCAUGGAGUUUCAGCAACAGCCUCUGUGCCUACAGAUUUUGAGGAUGAUGAAUUUGUUGUAUAUAAAACAAAUCAGGUUAAAAUGAAAUAUAUUAUUAAAUUUUGCAUGCCUGGAGAUCAGAUAAAGGACUUUUAUCCUCAUGAUAGUAGCAAAGUAGAAGAAUACAGACCUGAGUUUUUAGAUACCUCAAAGGUUGAAGAUUACCAGAUACCAGAGGUAAAGCCUUCCAGCAGUGUCAAGGCUGGCCUUCAAGAUGCUUCUGGAAACUUGGUUCCUCUUGAGGAUGUUCACAUCAAGGGAAGAAUAAUAGACUUUGUAGCCCAGGUCACAGUGUUUCAGACUUACACAAAUCAGAGUCACGUGCCCAUUGAGGCAAAAUACAUCUUUCCGCUGGAUGACAAGGCAGCUGUGUGUGGCUUUGAGGCCUUCAUAAACAGGAAGCACAUUGUGGGCAAGAUUAAGGACAAGGAAGAAGCCCAACAACAAUACAGAGCAGCUAUCAGUCAAGGGCAUGGUGCAUAUCUGUUGGAUCAGGAUGUACCGGAUGUCUUUACUGUAAGUGUUGGAAACUUACCCCCUAAAGCUAAGGUUCUCCUGAAGAUUACCUACAUCACAGAACUCAGCAUUCGAGGCCCUAUUGCUAUCUUCUUCAUGCCUGCUACGGUGGCUCCCUGGCAACAGGAUAAGGCUUUGAAUCAAAACCUUCAGGAUACCGUAGAGAAGAUUUAUAUAAAGGAAAUAGGAACAAAGCAAAGCUUCUCCUUGACUCUGUCUAUUGAGAUGCCAUACGUGAUUGACUUCAUUUCCAGUGAUACGCAUGAAUUAAAGCAAAAGCUCACAGAUUACAGAGCUGUAAUUAGCACCAUGGAAGGCAGCUCCUUAGACAGCAAUGGAUUUUCUCUCAACAUCGGUUUGUGUGAUGCAUAUCUCCCAAGAAUGUGGGUUGAAAAACAUCCAGAAAAAGAAAGUGAGGCUUGCAUGCUUGUCUUUCAACCUGAUCUCAGUGCCACCCUCCCUGGCCCAGCCAGCAGGAAUGAAGUGGUUAUUUGUCUUGAUUGCUCCAAUUCCAUGGAGGGGGUAACAUUCAUUCAAGCCAAGCAAAUUGCCUUGUACGCACUAUCCUUGGUGGGUGAGGAACAAAGAGUAAACGUUGUCCAGUUCGGCACAGGUUUCAAGGAGUUAUUUUCAUAUCCUAAGCACAUCACGGGCAACAGUGUGCCAGCAGAGUUCAUUAAGUCUGCUACACCUACGAUGGGGAAUACAGACUUCUGGAAAACACUCCGAUACUUAAAUUUACUGUACCCUUCUCAAGGAGUCCGCAACAUCCUCAUCAUAUCCGAUGGGCAUCUCCAGAAUGAGGGCCUGACCCUGAAGCUUGUGAAGAGAAAUGUCCUCCAUACCAGGCUGUUCACCUGUGGGGUCAGUCCUACAGCCAAUCAUCAUAUUUUAAGGAAUUUGUCCCAGUGUGGUGCUGGAGCAUUUGAAUAUUUUAACCUAAAAUCCAAACACAGCUGGAAAAAACAGAUAGAAGACCAGAUGAACAGAUUACGUUCCCCAGGCUGCCACUUUGUCUCCAUCAAGUGGCAGCAAUUCAGUGCAGACGCGCAGCAGCCCCUGCAGGCCCCAGCGCAGGUUCAGUCCUUGUUUCACAAUGAUCGACUGCUGGUGUAUGGAUUGAAUUCUCACUGCACUCAGGCAUCUCUGUGUGCAUUAAUCCAAGAGAAGGAAUUUUGUUCAAUGGUGUCAACUACUGAGCUUCAGAAAACAACUGGAACUAUGAUUCACAAACUCGCUGCAAGAGCACUAAUCCGAGAUUUUGAAGACGGCAUUCUCCAUGAAGAUGAAGCCAAACACGAGAUGAAGAAACAAAUUAUGAAAUCUCUGAUUAUUAAACUCAGUAAAGAAAACUGUCUCAUGACACAGUUUACAAGCUUUGUAGCAGUUGAGGAAAGGGAUGGUAAUGAGUCACCUUUUCCUAAUAUUCUAAAUGUUUCGGAAUUGAUUGACGAAGAAGGUAUAGACUCUCUGCCGUACAUGGAAUGGCACGAGGAGCACGGAGAGGCCAACAUGAGACAGCCUCUUUCAGCAUCCCCUGGAUGGAAUGAAGAACUGCAGCUUCAAAGUCUGGAUACAGGAAAAUUCAGGUUAUCUAUGCUGGAAGUUUCUAAAGACACUGAAGAGGUGUGCGUAGGUCUACAAGCGGUGGAAAAGCCAGUUGCACUGGAAUUUCAAAACAGAGAUGUAGAAAACCUGUUGUGUUUGACUCAGAUUGAUUCAUCAGAACAAAAAGAACUUAAAACCCAUUCAGAUACCACCAGGCCAAAACAAAAGGCUGUUUCCUCCUCUUUUUUUACACCCACACCCCUGGCUGCCCAAGAUAUCCAUUCUUUUUCCUUCCAUACUCCCAAUGUCCUUCCAGGUUUUGGUUCUCCUGUGCCACCUCCAGGGCCACCUCCCCUGCAUGAUGAUUGUACUUUCCUAAAAGGCUCAUUGACCUCGACACAAUUUGGUCAAUGCAAAUUUUAUCCAGGCUCUGAAAACAACCUUUUUUCUGACCUUUCCCCUAAGCUGGCCUUUCCCCCUCCUCAAAGACCGCUGCCUCCCAGGGCCUCUGCAGACAUAGAGUCCGAUGGACUACGUAGUCCCCAUAGUUCCUGUGUUAAACAGAGUUCACUGUUCUCUUCAAGUGCCCAUUUCAGUCUGACAGAGGAUCUUCUUGAAGAGGCAUUUUUCCUGUCAGAUAAGUUUGAUAGAGCUGCACCAGGUUCUGUCCAAGAAGACCUUUUGGAUGUGCCGCAUCAUGAAGAUUAUAUUGGGGGGUUGGUGUGUUCUUCACCUACCAUGCCAAAGGCCCCAUGUUUCAGCAGCGCAAAAGCAAGAGUGAAAAAUAUAAGAGGGGGGUUAUUUGGAACAGAAAGUAAUGAAACUCCAGCAAGUAUUGUGACACACAAGUUUCAUAAACAGAAGAAAAAUCUUGAUGUAACAAGUAACUUCACUUCAAACUCUCCAUUACAAGAUGAGAGUGGCACAGUCCCUCAUGCCCAUGGGAGGAAAUCAGUGUUCUGGGCUGCACUCUUCAGUCUACAAACUGAGGAUGGUUUCUGGAAACUUACACCAGAAUUGGGGCAAAUAUUAAACCUUAACACAAAUGUUUUACAUGACUUUCUUGAACAAAAAGGGAUUCAAUCUCUAGGUAUAAAAGGAAGAGAAUGUCUCCUGGACUUGAUUGCUACAUUACUGGUACUACAGUUUCUUCGCACUGAGCUGGAACAAGAUAAAAUAAUCUUCAAAUCAUUGGUAAAAAUGGAUGACCCUUCCAUUUCCAGAGAUAUUCCCUGGGACUUCAAGGCAAUAAAGAAAGCAAGUGAAUGGGUCAGGAGAAUGGAAGGACAGUAUCCAUCCAUCUGCCAACGGCUUGAGCUGGGUGAAAACUGGGACUUGGCCACUAAGCACCUUCUGAAAAUUCAGCCCCCAGCCACCGUUUCUCCUCUUCACAGAGUUCUGUAUUCUGGUCAAGUCUGAAUCCAGUGAAGUUGUAGGUGAAAUGUUUGUUGUGCGUCUAUGUCAGAAAUAAUCAGAUAUUCCCAGGAAUCUAUAAUGGCAUUUAGUUCUGACUUUAUUCAGUACAGCAAUUAGUACCUUUACUAUAAAGUAAAUGGAAGCAGAAUUGAUUAUUUUAUUCAACUAACAAAAUAAAGAUUACAAUAUUGGCGA